AUGCCUGCCAACACUGCAGUCGCAAACAAUGCCGGGCCUGCUCCCGUCGCUCCUGGCGCCGCCGACCCCCGGAGCCCGACCACAGCCUCGGCCUCCGCUUCCAAGCACAGCAAGUCGCGCACAACCAUCCCUACGCCCUCCGGAAAAUGGAUUCUGGGCAAGACGGUCGGCGCUGGCAGCAUGGGCAAGGUGAAGCUGGCCCGCAAGGAGGACACCGGCGAGCAGGUUGCCUGCAAAAUCAUUCCUCGUGGUUCUACCGAAGAUGGGCACCAGAGCCGAGCCGACAAGGAGAGGGCAGACCAGUCCAAGGAAAUCAGGACGGCUCGCGAAGCAGCCAUCGUCACUCUCCUCAGCCACCCACACAUUUGCGGCAUGCGAGACGUAGUCCGUACCAACUAUCACUGGUACAUGCUCUGCGAAUAUGUCAAUGGCGGCCAGAUGCUCGAUUACAUCAUUUCUCAUGGCAAGUUGAAGGAGAAGCAAGCCCGCAAGUUCAGCCGUCAGAUCGCCAGCGCUCUCGACUACUGCCACCGCAACAGCAUUGUUCACCGCGAUCUCAAAAUCGAGAACAUCCUCAUCAGCAAGACUGGCGACAUCAAAAUUAUCGAUUUUGGUCUAAGCAACCUCUUCGCCCCCCGCGGCCAUCUCAAGACAUUCUGCGGCAGUCUCUACUUUGCUGCUCCAGAGUUGCUCCAAGCAAGAGCGUACACGGGACCUGAAGUUGACGUAUGGAGUUUCGGCAUCGUCCUCUACGUUCUAGUGUGUGGCAAGGUGCCCUUCGAUGACCAAAGCAUGCCCGCGCUACAUGCCAAAAUCAAGAAGGGCUUGGUCGAUUACCCAAACUGGCUCUCAAGCGAAUGCAAGCAUCUGCUGUCUCGCAUGCUUGUGACCGAUCCCAAGCAGCGAGCUACAAUGCUGGAAGUCAUGGCUCAUCCUUGGAUGACCAAAGGAUAUAAUGGACCACCAGACAACCACCUGCCCCCUCGGGAGCCCCUGACGCUUCCGCUAGACUCUGACGUGGUGCAGUCCAUGACUGGCUUCAAUUUUGGAUCUCCAGACUCCAUCCAGGCUCAAUUAACCAAGAUCAUCGAAUCUGAGGAGUAUCAGCGUGCUGUGCGACUCUAUCAGCGCGAAAAAGACGUCCCCCAGCCUUCCAAAGACGUCGAAAAGAAACGUGGUUUUGGUUUCGACUUUUACAAGAGAAGAAACUCGGGCAACAGUCGUGACACACUGACAGCCCCAAGCUCUGAGGCCCUUCAGCUUGGUAACGAUCCACUGAACGCUUUCAGCCCCCUGGUUUCGAUUUACUACCUGGUGCGGGAGAAGCAAGAUCGUGACCGCCUGGAGAAGAACCCCGGAGCCGCAAGGCCACCAAGCGCGCCCAAGGACAAGCCGGCCGUCCCAGAAAUCCAGCCACCUCAGGAGGCUCACACCAACAGCUCGGCCUAUGAAAUGCCGGGCGAAAGAGCCACUGGUGGGCGCUCCCGCCCUCGGGCAAGAACCCACGGCGAAGACGAGGCACCAGAAUCCGUCAAGGCUUCGCAUCUUUCGCCCAAUGGACCACUUUCGCCGGCGAUACCGGAGCCGCCUCCAGAGCCCAUGCCAAAGAAGGAGAGCACCGCAGCGGGGAUUCUUCGACGCUUCAGCACACGAAGGCGCAGGGAGCCGGAAAGACUUGACAAGGACAGAUCUCACCCACCUGUUGUACAGGUCCAUUCCCCAUCCGGAGCCGCGGGCGCCGAGUCAGCACCCGCUACCGUACCCAGAAAGAGUUUCAGCAUUCGAAGAGGUCGGCGGGAGCGUGAAGAACCUGCGCCUCUACCGUUGCGAUCCGGUAGCAGUCAACCACAGCACAGCGACCUCCUCAGCCCGCCCCUGUCCGCUGGAGGCCCGUCGACGCGUCGCAAGGGUUUGGGUCGGUCAACGAGUGUGAAUUCGGCAGACAUGCGUCGCCGUGAGCCAGACCGAACGGCAAAGGACCCGCCUCCAACGAGCGGCUCCGAUCAAUCUACAACAAUCCCCGAUAGGCCUCCGCCCGUACCACGGGAGAGUCAGCAGUCACGGUCAGUUUCCAUGCGAGCCAAGUCUCUGGGUCACGCUAGACGAGAAAGCAUUCAGCAGCGCAGGCUCCGGCGGGAAGAAGCACGAGAAGCGAACGUCCCCGAAGAAACGGACCAAGAGCAGGGCGACCAGAGCGGGGUCUCAACGGACAGGUUGGACAGCACUGAUCUGGCCAAACCGGUAUUCCUGAAGGGCUUGUUCAGCGUGUCGACGACAUCGACUAAGAAUGUGACCGAAAUCCGGGCCGAGAUCAAGCGUGUUUUGAAAGGUCUCGCUGUGGACUACACCGAGGUUAAGGGUGGCUUUGCCUGCAAGCACACGCCGAGCAUAGAUCUGAAGAAGGUUCAAGACCCCCCGGGCAGCCCUGGCCAAGCGCCACCCGGCCACAGAAGGCGAUUCAGCUUCGGUGGCGUGAGGGGUGGAGACCGGGAGCGAGAUGAUCUACCCAGCACAGACCGAGGACCAACGACCCCACGUGGAAGUGGAAGGAACGGAGCCGACAGUUACUCAAAUUCGGAUGUGUCGGUCGACAGCGAUUCCCGAGAAGCUGGGGGUUCUUCGAGGAGAGUGCCGGGCGAAACCAGCACGCACGUUCAGAGCGAUCUUGGGGGAAGCAUGGUACUGGAGUUCGAGAUCUUCAUCGUCAAGGUCCCGUUGCUUUCUCUCCACGGAAUUCAGUUCAAGCGCAUGGUGGGUAACACAUGGCAAUACAAGAACAUGGCAGACCAGGUAUUGAGGGAGCUUCGCCUGUAA